UACAAAUUUAGCAUGACGAGUGGGAACGCUUUUUUAUUUUUUAUUUUUUUUUUAAAGUUGUAAACCCCUUUCGAAAGAUCCCUUCAAAAUAUAGACCCGAAUAACUACCCCCCUUACGCCAAACUGUGGACUGCUAAUUAAGGAUGAUAAGAUGGAAAGCCUACUGAAUGAAAAGAAAAAUUUUAUUAAACAUGUUUUGAUGAACGCGCCUCCUGGGAAAGUAGCCGACUUGGUGUCAGACUUAAAAACCCUCUUUGGAACAAGUGCGGUGAUUCAAAAUUCAAUUGAAGAAGCCGUGGCCGCUCACAAUGAAAAGAACUACGCCAUCAUUCCCCUCUCGGGUGACGAAUAUGUAAGAGUCCUGUCAAAUGAAUCGAGCUGCUUUUUCCUUGAGGCAGCAGUAGUCAUAACCUGUGAGGAGUCCAAAGUUGGCAAUUCGUACCUCCAGCCGAAUCUGAAAUCGUUGCUCGAUGUUAACCACUUGAAGAAGGUAAACACGACGACGGACUUUGAAGAAGUGAGCUACCCAGAGCUUUUGGAAAAUUACAGAAAAAGCUGCAGCGCAAAACUGGAGGAGUAUGUCCAAGUGCACUACACGAAUUGGAACGAACUGCAAACGAUUAAUUACCCAACUGUUAAUAUCAACUCGAAGAAUGGCCUUAGUGUGAAAUGCUGCUCGUCCGUCUACGCUACGGAAAACGAAGGCAGAUUUAACCUCCACCUUAUCAUAUGUUGCGACAGACACUAUUUGAAAAAUUUCCACGCCAGUUCGUGGAGAAGCUCCUGGAGUGUGACUUUUUUAACAACGGAUGAGGAAGUUCUCUUAAAUGGAACCAUAGACAUAGUUCUCACAUAUUUCGAAGACGCGAACAUCAAUUUUAAGGCCACCAAGAGUUUUGAGAAAAGGGUCCAUGUGAACAACGAUGUUGACAAUUUUUCGGCAAAUAUUUUGUCCGCCAUACGCGAGUGUGAGAAUUGCGCGCUGUAUGAGUUAAACGAGUUUCUUAUCCAUAUAGAUACGGAACUGAUCAAGAAUACACGGAAAAUAAUACCGUUCAAUGGUGACAAGUUUGACUGGAAGGAAACGUACCAUGACAUUCCCACUCAAAUUAAGUCAGCACAUGCAUGCAAAUAUGUGUGCGUGGAAACACGUGCCUAUUCACAAAAGUUGCAUAUAUAG